AUGCCGACCACCUUUGUGGAUGACAAGGUUCCAAUCUGCCUGCCGUUUAUACUCGAGCAUCUCGCCGCGCACCGAGCCCACCAUGACCGUGACCAGCAGCAUCCCACCCCGCUCGUCGUUGGCCUCAAUGGCAUCCAGGGCGCGGGCAAGACGACCCUCGUCGCCGCCUUGACAGCCGCUCUCGAAGAACAGGGCGUGCACGCUGUCGUAUGCAGCAUCGACGACUUUUAUCUCUCCCACGACGACCAGAUCGCACUCGCUGCGCAGCAGCCCGACAAUGCCCUGAUCCAGCACCGUGGGGAGCCAGGCACCCACGACGUAGCCCUCGCCGUCCAGGUCUUUGCGGAGCUCAUCAACGGCCAGCCCACCAAACUGCCUCUGUACGACAAGGCCGCUUACCAGGGCCAGGGCGAUCGCCUCCCCGAGUCUGCCUGGCUGCCCGUCAAUCAGCCCGGUCAGCCUCCUAUAGACGUGCUGAUGCUCGAAGGUUGGUCAGUUGGCUUCCGGCCCGUCUCAGACGACGAGGUUCGACGGCGCUGGGAGGCCCCCAACCGCACCCUGCACUUGCACAAGCUCGAGCAUCUGCUUUUCGUGAACCAGAACCUGCGCGCCUACGAUGCGCUAACCAAUCUUUUCCACAUCUUUAUUCACAUCGACGCUCAAGACACGCAAUACGUCUACGUCUGGCGUGCGGAGCAAGAAGAACAUCUCCGACUCCUCAAAGGUGAUCCCAACGCCGGCAUGACAAGGGACCAGGUCAUUCGGUUUGUCGAUGGUUACUAUCCCGCAUAUGAAUUAUAUACCGAUGGCAUUCGUUCGGGGAUAUUUCCUGACCGCCCUGGUUGCCAGCUCCGUUUGGUGGUAGGACCUGACAGAUGUGUGAAGCAGGUGGUUACCAUUUAG